GCAGUGCUGAGACGGGACUGCUUGCGGAGAUGGCGACCAUUAUCGGAGCAUAGCGCGCAGAGAAUCCCCGGCUGGCCCAGUACAGUGCUCCGGAGACACGCUAAUUCUCCGCACUGAGCAGAUUUGGGCCAUGCACGGUCUUGUGAAUAAUUCGGCAGUGGAUGGGCGGCCGCUACACGUGACUGCUCCUAAUGCGGCACCAUCGGCACAUGAAUGCUCCGGGUCUGCACGGGCUUGAAGCGCCGCUGCCUCGUGCUCAAGCAAGAGGGUCGGUGUUGAAAGCGAGGCUGCCAAUUUUAUUCUUUUCUCCCCUGGGCAGUAUAAAAGCAAGCGGGCCAGCCUCCCUGCUCGCCGCUUUCUUCUUCAACUGCCUCCUCCCACGCUAAACACUAACUUUUUCCCCUAUUCUUUUUUGUAACUUUAUCACACAAACAUGCCUGAGCUUCGUUUUGAUAACCGCGUUGUCGUCGUCACCGGUGCCGGCGGCGGCCUCGGCAAGGCCUACUCGCUGUUCUUUGCAGCGCGCGGCGCCAAGGUCGUGGUCAACGACCUGGGAGCCGGACUCAAGGGCGAGGGCAACUCGGCGUCGGCAGCAGACCUUGUGGUGGAGGAGAUCAAGCAGGCAGGUGGCACAGCAGUGGCUGACUACAACAACGUCCUUGACGGCCACAAGAUCGUCGAGACGGCUAUGUCGGCAUUCGGCCGCAUCGACGUGAUCAUCUGCAACGCGGGCAUUCUGCGCGACAGGUCCUUCAAGGCCAUGACGGACAAGGACUGGGACGACGUCUUCAACGUCCACCUGCACGGCUCGUAUGCGAUCACCAAGGCUGCGUGGCCGAUUCUGCGCAAGCAAAAGUUUGGCCGUCUGAUCAUGACCUCGUCGGCGGCCGGCAUCUACGGCAACUUUGGCCAGGCCAACUACUCGGCGGCCAAGCAGGCACUUGUUGGGUUCAGCAAUUCGCUGGCAUACGAGGGCCACAAGUACAAUAUCACCAGCAAUACCAUUGCCCCGCUGGCGGCCUCGCGCAUGACUGCGACGGUGAUGCCGCAGGAGAUCUUGGAGGCGCUGAAGCCCGAGUUUAUUGCGCCUUUGGUCGGCUUCCUGACCCACGAGACUACCAAGCAGUCAGGCGGUCUGUAUGAGAUUGGCGCCGGUAAGAUCACCGCGCACCGCUGGCAGGCCACCGAGGGCGUGGUGUUCAAGGCUGACCAGUCGUUCACCCCGGCGGCCGUCAAGCAGCGGUUCCAGGAGAUCGACGAUUUCGACAACUCGCCGGUCUACUACCCGAGCUCCAUGAAGGACAACGACUGGCUGGGCAAGCUGGAGAUCGCCAAGGGCCUGGCUGCCAACGCCAAGGGCGAUGAGCUGCGCUACGACGGCCAGGUCGCCGUGGUCACCGGCGCUGGCAAUGGUCUGGGCCGCGCGUACGCCAAAAUGUUCGCCCAUUUUGGCGCCAAGGUCGUGGUCAACGAUCUGGGCUUCGUCGAGCAGAACGGCAACAAGGUCCGUGCGGCCGAUCUGGUCGUGGCCGACAUCAAGAGCGCUGGCGGCGAGGCUGUCGCCAACUACGACUCGGUGGAGGAUGGCGACAAGGCGUUCGUCAACGCAACCCCGCAGGACUGGGACCUGGUGUACCGCGUGCAUCUGCGCGGCACCUACAAGGUCACCAAGGCCGCAUGGCCAUACAUGGUCAAGCAAAAGUCCGGCUCCAUCAUCAACACCAACUCAUCGGUGGGCAUCUUCGGCAACUUCGGCCAGACCAACUACUCUGCGGCCAAGGCUGGCAUCCAGGGCUUCACCAACACUCUGGCCAUUGAGGGCGCCAAGUACGGCAUCCGCGCCAACGCCGUCGCUCCCAACGCCGGCACUGCUAUGACCGCCACCAUCAUGCCCGCCGAGCCCGAAUACGUCGCUCCCCUGGUCGGCUUCCUGGCGCACAAGGACACCGAGGCUACCGGCAAAUUGUUCCAGGUUGGCUCGUGCUGGAUUUCUGAGAUCCGCCGCCAGCGCUCCGGUGGUGUCGGCUUCCCGCUGACCAAGCCGAUCACCCCUGAGGCUAUUGCCAGGCAAGCCCACCAUGUGGCCAACACCCGCCAGAGCUCCGCCGAACUACUGGAGAAUGCCUCCAACACCGAGGAGGAGGGCUCAGUUGAUCUCGAGGCUGCCUAUUCCGCUAUUGGCAAGCCCGAGAACUUUGACUACACCAAGCGCGACGUGAUUCUGUACGCCCUGGGCAUCGGCGCCAAGCGCACCGACCUGCCGCUGGUGUACGAGCAUGCCGACAACUUCCAGACCUUCCCGACCUACGCUGUGAUCCCGGCCUUCUUCACCCGCCUGGACAUCACCGAGUUUUUGCCUGAGUUCAACCCGAUGAUGCUUCUGCACGGCGAGCAGUACAUUGAGGUUUUCAACCCCCUGCCCACCGAGGGCCGUCUUGUGUGCACGUCGCAGCUGGUCGAUAUCCAGGACAAGGGCAAGGGCCUGACCUGCACCGCACGCCUGACCAUGAAGGACAAGCGCAACAACGUCCUGGCCAUCUCCGAGUCCACCUCGUUCAUCCGCGGCAUCGGCGGCUUCUCCAAGAAGCCCGGCUUCGAGCCCGUCAAGGGUCCUGAGCGGCCCCAGGCCGCCUUGGCCGCCAACACCAAGCCAGGCACGCGCCCCCGACGCCCAGCUGAGCAGGCUGCCAUUUACCGUCUGUCGGGCGACUACAACCCCUUGCAUAUUGACGCCGAGAUGUCCAAGCUCGGCGGCUUCAAGACCCCGAUUCUCCACGGCCUGUGCACCUUUGGCCAUGCCGCGCGCCAUGUCGUCGAAUUGGCUGGCGUCGACGCGUCAAAGCUGAAGAACGUCAAGGCCAGGUUCUCCGCUCCGGUUAUUCCUGGCGAGACCCUCGAGACUAGCGUCUGGGCGGAUAAGGACCCGAAGAAGGUGCUGUUCCAGGUCCGUGUGGUCGAGCGCGAUGUUGUCGCCAUCAGCAAUGCUGCCGCUGAGUUCUCGGUGCCGGUUACUAUUGCUAAGCAGUCCAAGCUGUAA